AUGUCGGUCAAGCCAAUUGCACCCAAACAUUCCAUGGACAUUCCACAUGUGACUGCUGUGGAAUUGCCCCUUAUCGUCAAGAAUAAUGAUCGAGCAGUGACAAUGUUGGGAGGUAAAGAUAAGAUCUCUAAAGUGAUCAAUGCGCUGCAUAAUCCUGGAGGAGAUAACAAUGGAGGUAGUAGUGCAGACCAAGUGUUGGAGUUACGGCUUAGAAACGAUCCAUUCCACCACCCUAUACAAUCACUGGUGAAUUCAUCAGAAAAGGUUUUAGUCAAAGUAUCAAUCAAUAAGAAAAGUUUACCAGAAGAUUAUCAAGAAAAUAAGGCCAAAUAUACAUUAAAGCAACUUUUAAAGGAUAAUAAAGAUUAUACAGUGCAACCAGUGGCCAUUAUAGACAACACAUUCCUGUUCAAAUCCAUGGCAGAUUUCCAAGUAUCCACCAAAAGAAAUGAAGUGAUUCAAAAUUUCAAUUCAGCAGUGUUAAAGGGACAAAAUUAUCAACAAGUGAAUAAAUAUUUUGAAGAGAAUGAAAAAUUUUCUGGUAUAUCUGAUUAUAAAGACCCCACCAAUUAUGAAAAUAAAGAUCAUCAAUUACCACCACCACCAUUAUUCAGUCCUAUACAAUUCCCAUUUGAUUAUAAAUAUCAGAAAAAUCCACUUACUUCCACCAUGCAAGAUGAAAGUGGAGAAGUUAGGGUGGUAUCAAAGAAAUUGACUCCUAGAUUGCAUACAAUCAUUGUAGAUUUCCAUAAUAAUAAUAUCCCUACCCACCCAGCUAAGGCACUUCAAGAGAAUUUUAAUCAACUUGAAACUAAUAAACCGGCAGUGAACAGCAUAGAAUAUUCAUUAAUGGAAUGUAUUCGAUGGUUAUCUUCCAUGUUUGAUAAGAAACCUAUAUGGACCAGAAAACAUCUCGAAGACAUUGUACCACGAGAUUUGAAAAGAGUCAUUAAACAAGCAUUACCAUAUGUAUCAUUUAUUUAUAAGAGUGGACCAUGGAGAUUUUGUAAUGUUAAAUUUGGAAUAAAUCCAAAGGAAAAUCAAAGUUUUUGGAAAUAUCAAAGUGAAUAUUUUAGAAUUCCAGGGUUAAGAUUUAAUAAAAAGAGUAGUGUACAUCCAACCAAGAUCUUACCACCAACAUUAAAGGUUGAAGGACAAUCAAUUGAAGAUGAAGCAUUGAAAGUUUCAUUAAAUUUAUUUUUCGAUGGGGUUAGGCUUCCCAGAACGAUCACUUAUCAAGUUGGUGAUUUACUUGAUGCAGACAUUCAAGGGUUAUUAGAAAAGGGGGAAAGUUCUAUGGGAGAGAGCUUUUUCCGAGAAAAGCCAGAUUUCCAGGAUGGAUGGAUCAAUAAACAAAGUAUGGAAUGUAUUCGGAGGAUCAUUAGAUAUAAAUUGAUUAGAUUAGUCAAAGAAGAACCUAUUGAUGCUGCGAAAAUUGAGAAAAUCUUGACUACUGAUUAUACAAAGAAUGAAGAUGACAUGGAGGUUGACAAAGAUGGGGAAGUAGAGGAAGAAGAAGAAGAAGAGGAAGAGGAGGAAGAAGAAGAGGGAGAAGAAGAAGAGGAAGAAGAGGAGGAAGAGGAAGCAGAAGAAAAAGUAUACGAUGAUAAUGAUGAAGAGGAAGAACUUGGAAAUUAUAAAGAUGAUGUAGUAGAUUUAGAAACAUUAACUCGGAGAUUGAAAAAUAUUGACCCAAAUGCACAAGAUGAUUUGGAAGGAUUGGUUGGGUUUAUCAAACAGGAUCUGUUAAGAAAUUGA